AUGGAGUUGGUUCCUGUACCAAAAAGACCAACUAGACAUGAUGCUUCCCGCCAAUGCAAAUCUGAUUCUCCUUUGAAGCGAUCACCAAGGAAAGUUAGAAAUGCUACUCUGGCAAAAAGCAUAAAGAAUAAAUAUCAUUGUAGUCCCCUCAAACAGCGGAGGGGUUCAGAUUCUGUUGCUGGGAAAAUUGUGACAGGACUAACCGCGCGGAGGAGGAAGAAAAGAAAAAUGCAAAAUACAGACGAGGCAACUCGCUUGGAACGAAGAGCGAGAUAUUUUCUAAUCAAGAUAAAAUUGGAGCAGAAUUUGCUAGAUGCUUACUCUGGAGAUGGAUGGAAUGGGCAAAGCCGGGAGAAAAUAAAGCCAGAGAAGGAACUGCAGCGUGCCAGGAAACAAAUCAUAAAAUGUAAAAUUGCUAUACGUGAUAUCAUUCGCCAGCUUGGUUUGUAUACUUCUACUGGGAGUGUUGAUGAUCCAGCAAUGCCUCCAGAUCACUCUACCAAUCCCGAACAUACCAUGUGCUCAACAUGCAAGUCUCAUGAAUCAUUUCCCAGCAAUAAAUUUAUCUUUUGCGAAGGGCCCUGCAAAAGGGCAUAUCAUGAGAAAUGUUUGGAACCUCCCUUGAACAAAAGCGUACUUCCAACAAGUAGCCAUGGAUGGCUUUGCAAAUUCUGUUUGUGCAAGAUGAAAAUUUUAGAAACUAUUAAUGCACAUCUAGGAACAAGUUUUACAGUGAAGUGCCCCUUUGAAGAUAUAUUCAAGGAAGCAACGGAACAAAUAGACUCCGAGGAUGCACUAGAUGAAGAUUGGCUUUCUGAGUAUUCAGGUGAUGAUGACUAUGAUCCUGAUGAAAUUGAGGACAGCGGCAACUGUAUGGACAGCGGGGAGGAAAUUAUGUCUGAUGAUUCCAAUGGUUCAGGAAGCCCCCUUUAUUCUCCAAAUGACGAUAUUCCCGACUUCAUAUCAGCAGACUUAAAUGACGUGGAAGGGUUUUGUCACACCAAUUUAGACUUAGGCAUUGAUGCCGUUGAAGAUGAUUUGGCACAGAUCCUUACCUACCAAAGGCCAAGAAGAGAUGUCGAUUAUAGAAGGCUUAAUGAGGAAAUGUUUGGAAAAAUAAUCGGAAAUGAAGAACAGAGUGAGGAUGAAGAUUGGGGCCAUGAAAGGAGAAAGAAGAGGACACGUUCAGGUGGUGCUGGGGAUAAUUCUGUGGGUUUCUCAAAUGUUAUAUCUGAUGAAAAGAGCCAAAAGAAGGGGAGAAAACUUUUCAGGAUUCCUCCUGCAGCUGUCGAGGUACUUCGCAGAGCUUUUGCUGAAAAUGAGCUUCCACCCCGUGAUGUCAAAGAAAAUCUCUCAAGAGAGUUGGGAAUUUCUUUUGAAAAGAUUGAUAAAUGGUUCAAAAAUACACGGUGUGCUGCUCUCAGAGAUCGUAAGGCUGAAGGGAAGAGUCAUAAUACGGCUCCCAGCAAAAGCUCAAGAAAUAAAGGGAAAGCUGGAAUCUCAGGCAAGGCUGAAAGAAAUGGUCAUGUUACUGGUCCCUGCAAUAACUCGAGAACAAAUGAAGAAAAAUCUGGUAUAUUAUCGGGGAAGGUUGAUCCAGCAGACAACUCUUGCUUGGUACCCUUGUCUGAAAUCAUCAAUGUGCAUACACGAUUGCAACAAAAUCUUGAGAUGAGGAUGAUGGAAUCAACUAGCAGUCCUGUGUGGCUGCACAAUAAAGGAGGUUGCUUGUUUCGAACAGGCCAAGCCAAGGAGAGUACAUUACCUACAAUCAAGCCUUGUUUGCAGUCAGAAAUAAGCCAUCCAACAACUAAUGAAGCGAGCACUUUAGCGCAAGCUGCUUCUUGGAUGGAUGCUGGGGCGUGUGCUGAGGUGCAAGAAGCCACUCCUUGGGUGGAUACUGAGGCCUCAGAAUACCAGCCUUUCCUGGACGUGAUUGAUGAGAUGUGCGGACUUGAGUGCAGGCUGCAGAGUCUGAAGGAGAACAUGCUCUCAUCUGGGAUAGACGGAAGAACCGCUAGUGAUAGUGACAUGGGAAACCAGGCUGUGGUGCUUGUGCCGACCGCCGAGCUCAAGGAAAAAGCGCCGCAUGGCAGUUUUUUGGGGCAUUAUUGCCCAUAG